GAGUCACCGAUCGCCUCGCUGUAGUUGGUGCGUUUGCAAGUCGGACGAAUAUUAUUAAACAACAAUUACCCAUGUUUUGGCUCACAAAAUCAUUGUUUGAACAAUAUUGAGUGCAGGUCCGGUGUAUUAGUGUGACACAGUGUGACACCGUGCCGUGUGAGUGUCCGCUCGUUCGGGGUGAUUGAACUUGGACCAAGAAACCUACAGCCUUCGGGGCUUUCCUUCUGGAUUCCGAAUUAUAGGAUUAAAAUAGCUAAUAGUGUUUGUUAUUAGUGUUUUUCUUCAAAAUUGGCAGUGUUGUAUAUAUCAGUGUCGGACAUCGGUCACAACAUCGUGCAGGAUGCAUUCCUCAUCGCAGUGGAGGAGCGCGCGCGCCAGCGGCUUCAGCGGCUGUCGGCGCUCAAGCGCAUCACUCCCGUUGAUAUGUCAAAGCUCUCUUUAGAAUUAAACAAAAAGAAACGCACGCAACCGGAGAACAGGCAAGAGUUGAACGGGUACAUAGCUAACUCCGCCGUCUACGUCACAUCGAUCAACGAAAAUGGUGCUAUAGAGAGCAAGCCGACAAUAUCUUCACCGAAGUCACAACCGAAGUCAUUACAAGCGAAACCAGCGCCCGUCAUAGCGAACGGUAGUGCUGAAACAAAGGAAGAUAUAGAAGAGAACGAACCAGAGAAACACGAGCAGGAUUCUAGUGAGAAGUUGAAGGUUACAGUGGAAUGUGAAGUGAGAGUGGAAAGUGAAGUGAGUGGAGAGAAGAGUGACGCGUUGAGUGUUGCCCGAGAGCAUCUUAGCAACGGCCGCUGUGAGAAACUGUUGGGCGAGCAGCCUGACAGGCCGAGGCCGUCCGCAGACAAGCUCGCGCCCGGAGAGAAAGGGGCGCGACGGCGCUCCGGCUCCAGCAUUGUCGUGCUGGGCGGCGAGGAGGAGAAGCGCCCGCCGCCGGAUGACGACCUCGAGAUGCUCACCAUGCUCUCUCUCACCUCCGACACCGGUCCGCACCGCGAGAUGCCGGUGGACGUGCCGGAGAACUUCAUAGCGCGCAGCAAAACCCCGCCCCGGUACCCGCCACCGCGUCCCCCGCAGGUACACACCCGUGCCUGCGACCACCAGCCCUUGCUCUCCAGCAACCGCAGCGCAGCGCGAGACAGCGACGUCUCCGACACCUCAGACACCUCCCAUACCUCGCCACCAGCCUCUGAUGCAUCCGGCAGCUUCAAAAACACAACCAUUGAACUUCUCUCCCUCCCACAAAGCGAUAGCUCAAUCAGUUACAGCAGCAAGCAAAGCAAAGCUUCCUUGGAGACGGCAAAGUGCGACCUCAUCUCCGAAUCGGAGUCAGUCGCGUCCAACACUACACACAACCUAAGCGACCACAAGAUCCAACUUCUUAUAUCUAACGGACAAGAUUCCUUGAUAGAUUGUAGAGAGGGGGUGACGUACUCCGCUCGGACGGACUCUGUACUCAUCCGAGAGGCUGUGUACGCGUCGUACAAGCUGCCGCCGGGAUUUGAUACGACUCCAGUGCUCUUAGGAAGGGAGGUGGCUGUCGACGUGCCUGAGAAUUUCGUCCAAAUUGUCAAAACGACUCCCAAGUACCCCGGUACCGUGGACAGAAAGAGUGUUCUGCAGGUAAAUGGCACGAUUGCUUGUAUCAUUUUUAUCCAUGGGACAUGAUGUGGUUUGGGUUAUUUAGUUGGGUAUCCUAGAGUCGACACACCUUGAAAUAAAAGCA